AUUCGCGCCAGCCCAUCCGGGUACUAUGUUAGCCAGUUAGCAAUGCUAGCACUUGAGGUGCUGCUGUACGCCACAGCUCAAAACAUUAAACAAUACACUGAAAUGACUUCUCAUGCUUAUUAAAAACAAAACAACAGUAUAUUGCACAUGCAGUGCGGGUGUCAGUAUAAAGGCGGUGGUCGUCCUGCUGGUAAACUAGCAGCUGACUGGCAUGUAACUUAGCGAGGCAGCAGUGCACAGAACAUAACACUGAACCCAACAUCACGCUGAACCCGGGCGACUAAGAUGUCGGACUCUGACAGCGAUGAGGAGCAGGGCCGCCCCUUCUCGCUGACCGGCUUCCUCUUCGGGAACAUCAACGAAGACGGACAGCUGGAGGACGACAGCGUGCUGGAUGAUGAGUCCAAGAAGCACCUGGCGGGUCUGGGCUCCCUCGGUCUGGGCUCCCUCCUCACCGACAUCACAGCCAGCGAGGAGGAGGACCGCGACGACUCCGACCGCUGCGACGAUGAGGGCUGGGUGAAGAGUACUGAAGAUGCCAUCGACUACUCUGACAUCAGUGAGGUGGCCGAGGAUGAGAGCAGGAAGUACCAGUAUGCUAUGGGAACCCUGCAGCCCAACCGGAAGUCUGACGAUGAAGACGACUACGAUGCAGACUGUGAAGAUAUCGACGCCAAGCUGAUGCCCCCGCCCCCCCCUCCUACCGUCACUGCUCCGUCCGCUCAGACCCCGGCUGGAGAGGAGGGCGACGGCAUCAUCCUGCCCUCCAUCAUCGCCCCGUCCUCCGGGGACAAGGUGGACUUCAGCAGCUCCUCGGACUCCGAGCCGGAGACGGACCGCCUGGGGCCCGGCUUGGGGCCGGGGGGGUCCCCCGACAGCCUGACCCUCCCCCUGGCCGGCAUCAUGCAGAAGGACGCCGCCAAGGCGCUGCCCGGGGUCACCGAGCUGUUCCCCGUCUUCAGACCCGGGAAGGUUCUCCGGUUCUUGCGUCUGUUCGGUCCCGGUAAGAACAUGCCGUCCGUCUGGAGGAGCGCCCGGCGCAAGAAGAAGAGGAAGCACCGCGACCCCCCGCCGGGCACGCCCCCCCCGGAGGGCGAGGUGCUGGAGGCGGGGUCGGAGGUCAAGUCGGGCUGGACCUACGAGCCCGCCCCUCCCCCGCCCCCCGAGCAGUGUCUCUCCGACGACGAGAUCACCAUGAUGGCCCCGGUGGAGUCCAAGUUCUCCCAGGCCAGCGGGGACCCGGCCCAGGAGAAGGAGGCCCGGCCCCGGGUGGCGGAGUGGCGCUACGGCCCCGCCCAGCUCUGGUACGACAUGCUGGGGGUGCCCGAGGACGGGAACAACUUCACCUACGGCUUCAAGCUGCUGGAGGGGACCCCCGAGGUCGAGGAGCCGCCGCCGCCGCCGCCGCGCCGCGCCGCGACCCCCAUGGAGGUCACCGAGGAGGGCGAGGCCCAGCCGAAGGAGAAGGCCGACGGCCCCCUGGAGAACGAGCUCUUCCUGAUGGUCACCCAGCUGCAGUGGGAGGACGACAUCAUCUGGAACGGGGAGGACGUGAAGCACAAGGGCACCAAGACCCAACGGGCCAGCCUGGCCGGGUGGCUGCCCUCCAGCAUGACGCGCAACGCCAACGCCUACAACGCCCAGCAAGGUCUGACCCGGAGCAACUCUCAGCUGGUGCCGCCCACCCCGCCCAUCAUGACCAAGACCCCCUCCAUCUCCGGAUCCAAGAGGGACAAGAUCCUCCUGGACCACCAGGUGUCCCAGGAGGAGGACUCCCCCUGGUUCUCCAUCUUCCCCAUCGACAACGAGGAGCUGGUGUACGGCCGCUGGGAGGACAACAUCAUCUGGGACGACCAGGCCAUGACCCGGCUGCUGGCCCCCCCCGUCCUCACCCUCAACCCCAACGACGAGAACAUCAUCCUGGAGAUCCCAGACGAGAAGGAGCAGCGGACGUCCAACUCCCCGUCCAAGGAGAACAAGAAGGAGUCGGCGCUGAAGAAGAGCCGCAUCCUCCUGGGCAAGACGGGCGUGAUCAAGGACGAGCCCCAACAGAACAUGUCCCAGCCCGAGGUGAAGGACCCCUGGAACCUCUCCAACGACGAGUUCUACUACCCCAAGCAGCAGGGCCUCAGGGGGACCUUCGGGGGCAACAUCAUCCAGCACUCCAUCCCGGCGGUGGAGCUCCGGCAGCCCUUCUUCCCCACGCACAUGGGCCCCAUGAAGCUGAGGCUCUUCCACCGGCCCUCCCUGAAGAAGUACUCGUUCGGGGCCCUGGCCCAGCCGGGCCCCCACCCCGCCCAGCCGCUGCUCAAACACAUCAAGAAGAAGGCCAAGAUGCGGGAGCAGGAGCGACAGGCGUCAGGGGGCGGGGACAUGUUCUUCAUGAGGACGGCCCAGGACCUGACGGGGAAGGACGGAGAGCUGAUCCUGGCCGAGUACAGCGAGGAGUACCCCCCCCUCAUGAUGCAGGUCGGCAUGGCAACCAAGAUCAAGAACUACUACAAGAGGAAGCCCGGGAAGGACCCCGGAGCUCCGGACUGUAAAUAUGGAGAGACGGUGUACUGCCACACCUCGCCCUUCCUGGGAUCGCUGCACCCCGGCCAGCUGCUGCAGGCGUUUGAGAACAACCUGUUCCGGGCUCCCAUCUACCUCCACAAGAUGCCGGAGACGGACUUCCUGGUGCUGCGCACGCGGCAGGGCUACUUCAUCAGGGAGAUCGUGGACAUCGUGGUGGUGGGCCAGCAGUGCCCCCUCUUCGAGGUCCCGGGGCCCAACUCCAAGAGGGCCAACACCCACAUCAGAGACUUCCUGCAGGUGUUCAUCUACCGGCUCUUCUGGAAGAGUAAGGACCGCCCACGGAGGAUCCGGAUGGAGGACAUCAAGAAGGCCUUCCCCUCCCACUCGGAGAGCAGCAUCCGCAAGCGCCUCAAGCUGUGUGCAGACUUCAAGCGUACAGGGAUGGACUCCAACUGGUGGGUGCUGAAGCCCGACUUCAGGCUCCCCACGGAGGAGGAGAUCCGGGCCAUGGUGUCCCCGGAGCAGUGCUGCUCCUACUACAGCAUGCAGGUGGCCGAGCAGAGGCUCAAGGAUGCUGGAUACGGGGAGAAGUCCUUCUUCGCUCCUGAUGAGGAGAACGAGGAAGACUUCCAGAUGAAGAUCGAUGACGAGGUGCGCACCGCCCCCUGGAACACCACCAGGGCCUUCAUCGCCGCCAUGAAGGGCAAGUGUCUGCUGGAGGUGACGGGCGUGGCCGACCCCACCGGCUGCGGCGAGGGCUUCUCCUACGUCAAGGUCCCCAACAAGCCCACCCAGCAGAAGGACGACAAGGAGCCCCAGCCCGCCAAGAAGACGGUGACGGGGACGGACGCCGACCUGCGGCGGCUGUCCCUGAAGAACGCCAAGCAGCUGCUCAGGAAGUUCGGGGUUCCAGAGGAGGAGAUCAAGAAGCUGUCUCGCUGGGAGGUGAUCGACGUGGUGCGCACCAUGUCCACGGAGCAGGCCCGCUCGGGGGAGGGGCCCAUGAGCAAGUUCGCCCGCGGCUCCCGCUUCUCCGUGGCGGAGCACCAGGAGCGCUACAAGGAGGAGUGCCAGAGGAUCUUCGACCUGCAGAACAAGGUGCUGGAGUCCACGGAGGUCCUCUCCACGGACACGGACAGCAGCUCCGCGGAGGACAGCGACUUCGAGGAGAUGGGGAAGAACAUCGAGAACAUGCUGCAGAACAAGAAGACCAGCUCCCAGCUGUCCCGGGAGAGGGAGGAGCAGGAGAGGAAGGAGCUGCAGAGGAUGCUCAUGGGAGAGGAGAACGACCGCGACCACAAGAGCCGCAAGGGACGCAAAGGCCUCUCGAGCGCCAUGUCCACGGGCUCCCACAGGGACGACGACGCCUCCUCCGUCACCAGCCUCAACUCGGCCGCCACCGGCCGCCGCCUCAAGAUCUACCGCACCUUCCAGGACGAGGACGGCAAGGAGUACGUCCGCUGCGAGACGGUGCGCAAGGCCUCGGUCAUCGACGCCUACACCCGCAUCAGGACCACCAAGGACGACGAGUUCAUACGCAAGUUUGCGCUGUUUGACGAGCAGCACCGCGAGGAGAUGAGGAAGGAGCGGAGGAGGAUCCAGGAGCAGCUGAGGAGGCUGAAGAGGAACCAGGAGAAGGACCGCUUCAAGGGGCCCCCGGAGAAGAAGGCCAAGAAGAUCAAAGAGAGACCUGACCUCAAGGUCAAGCUGAAGUGCGGUGCGUGCGGAGCCAUCGGCCACAUGAGGACCAACAAGUUCUGCCCGCUGUACUACCAGACCAACGCCCCUCCCUCCAACCCCGUGGCCAUGACGGAGGAGCAGGAGGAGGAGCUGGAGAAGACUGUGAUCCACAACGACAACGAGGAGCUCAUCAAGGUGGAGGGCACCAAGAUCGUCCUGGGCAAGCAGCUCAUCGAGAGUGCCGACGAGGUGCGCAGGAAGUCCCUGGUGCUGAAGUUCCCCAAGCAGCAGCUCCCGCCGAAGAAGAAGAGGCGCGUGGGCAGCGCCGUGCACUGUGACUACCUGAACCGACCUCACAAGUCGAUCCACCGCCGGCGCACCGACCCCAUGGUGACCCUGUCCUCCGUCCUGGAGAGUGUGAUCAACGACAUGAGAGACCACCCCAACACGUACCCCUUCCACACCCCGGUGAACGCCAAGGUGGUGAAGGACUACUACCGCUUCAUCACCCGGCCCAUGGACCUGCAGACCCUGAGGGAGAACGUCCGCAAGCGCAUGUACCCGUCACGGGACGACUUCAGGGAGAGCGUGGAGGUCAUCGUGAAGAACAGCGCCACCUACAACGGGGCUAAACAUCCCAUAACUCAAGUAGCCCAGUCCAUGCUGGACCUGUGUGAUACUAAACUGAAGGAGAAGGAGGACCGUCUCGUCAGGCUGGAGAAGGCCAUCAACCCCCUGCUGGACGACGACGACCAGGUGGCCUUCAGCUUCAUCCUGGACAACAUCGUGACCCAGAAGAUGAUGGUGGUUCCCGACUCGUGGCCGUUCCACCACCCCGUCAACAAGAAGUUCGUCCCCGACUACUACAAGGUGAUCGUCGCCCCCAUGGACCUGGAGAACCUGCGCAAGAACAUCUCCAAACACAAGUACCAGAACCGAGACACCUUCCUGUCGGACGUCACUCUGGUCCACGGCAACAGCAUCAAGUACAACGGUCCGGACAGCCCCUACACCAAGACGGCGCUUGACAUCGUCAACGUGUGCAGACAGACCUUAGCUGAGUACGACGAGCACCUGACCCAGCUGGAGAAGGACAUCUCCACGGCCAAGGAAGCUGCUCUGGACGCGGCCGACUACGAAGCUCUGGACCCCCUCACCCCCGGACCCUACACCCCCCAGCCGUCUGAGCUGCUGGAAGGCAGGGCUCCUGGUCUGUUCUCUGAUUGGCCACUUGGGGGCGCUGUCGAGAAGAGAGGGGGGCAGGGUCGCCAUGGUCGCAGGCUGGGGGGGGAGGAGUCAGACGUGGACAUCGAAGGCUUCGAGGACGAAGACGGCAAGCCCAAGACCCCCGCGCCGGCGGAGGACGGGGACCUGGAGGAUGACGAUGACGAAGAUGACAUGCUGCUCCCGCCGCGGCGCCGGAUGCUGGAGCGCCACGAGGAAGACGACGAGGAAGACGAGGAGGACGAAGAGCGGGGGCGCGGCCCUCAGGCCAGCGUCCUCUACCAGGACCUCCUCAUGUCCGACGGGGAGGACGACGCCAGCGAGGAGGAGGGAGACAACCCCUUCUCCUCCAUCCACCUAUCGGAGAGCGGCAGCGACUCGGACCGGGAGGACCUCCGCGCCCCGCCCCCGCGGCGCGCCCUCCAGGAGACGGCCCGCAUGGCGCUGGACCAGGAGGAGAGCAUGAUGUCCUACGAGGGGGAGGGGGGGCCCGACAUGGAGCGCCACCAAAUGGAGCGCCACCUGGAGGACAGCAACGUCAGCUACGGGAGCUAUGACGACCUGGAGAGUCGGGGCCCACUGGAGGGCCAGGUCCAGAUGGAGGGCCAGGUCCAGAUGGAAGGGCGGGUCCAGAUGGAGUCCACGGGCCUGGGCAACGGAGGGGAGUACGGGCUGAGCGAGGAGGAGGAGGACGAGGAGGACGAGGAGGAGGAGGCCCGGAGGAGGGGCGUCCCGGCCGUGCUGUCGGCCGUUCAGCUGAGCGAGGACGAGGAGAGCGAGGAGUUCCACUCCAUCGGAGGAGACAGUGACAUGGACUCUGACAACUAGCCCCCCGUCAGCCCGCUCGCGCUCUCAUGGUUCCCCUUUUUUAAAAAAAUGUGGCCGAAGGAAUUUGCAUUAAGGCGUUGUAUAGUUUGAGCUUUUAUUGCAUCACUCGUUGUUUUAUGAAAAGAAAGCGCUGCAGUUUGAACGCGGCUACAGAAAGUGUUGCGUUUAAAGCGUUGACCAUGUUGACUCGAGAAGAAAACUAUUACGUUGUACACCAAGCUAAAUGUACAUAGCGCUUGUUCGUGUGCUUUUCAGCGACCUCUCAAUUUACUCAUUUGACCUUUUCUACACUUUGUAUAUAAAAUGUAAUAAAAUUUGAUCACAGGUCAA